AUGCACGGAGUCACACUCGCCCCGAAGAUUUCGGGCAAACACAACCCAGACAGCCAGAACGAGGCUCACGUCGAGAACCUCGCCAAUGCUCUUCCCGGUGUCAACGAGAAGGACGCCGCCGCCAUCGCCGCGGCCGGUGGAUGGGAGGUGGACGCCUUCAUCGACAGCAUGGACCGGGAGUUGGAGGCCGCUGGUGGUCUGAAUAAGGGCUUUUUCCAACUCGAGUUUACCAACACCAAAUACUUCACCUGGCUCAUUGUCGCCUUUGCCUCCAUGGGUGGUCUUCUGUCCGGUCUCGACCAGUCUCUCAUCUCGGGCGCCAACCUUUUCCUCCCGGGCGACCUCGGCCUGACAACCCGCCAAAACUCCCUCGUCAACUCUGCCAUGCCUCUCGGUGCCGUCGGUGGCGCCAUCAUCCUCAGUCCCUCGAACGAAUACCUCGGCCGAAAGAUGUCCAUCGUCAUUUCCUGCAUCCUGUACACUAUUGGUGCUGCGCUUUGCGCCGGCGCCCAGAACUUUGGCAUGAUUGUUUCCGCUCGUGUCAUCCUUGGCAUGGGUGUCGGUCUCGAGGGUGGUACUGUCCCCGUCUACGUCGCAGAGACCGCCGAGCGCCGCAUCCGUGGCAACGUCGUCUCCCUAUACCAGCUCAACAUCGCCCUCGGCGAGGUUCUCGGCUACGCCAUCGCCGCCAUCUUCAUCCACGUCAAGGGCAACUGGCGCUGGAUUCUCGGAUCCUCCCUCCUCUUCUCCACCAUCAUGUUCGCCGGCAUGCUCUUCCUGCCAGAGUCUCCCCGUUACCUCAUGCACAAGGGCCGCACGCUCGAAGCCUACAAGGUGUGGAAGCGCAUUCGCGGUACCACUACCCCGGAGGCCAGGGAGGAGUUCUUCGUCAUGAAGGUCUCCGUCGUGGACGAGAAGCAGCAGAUCGCCGAGGGCGCCAAGAACAAGCGCUACCCCUGGAUGGACUUCAUCACCGUCCCCCGCGCCCGCCGUGCUCUGGUCUACGCCAACAUCAUGAUUCUCCUCGGCCAGCUUACCGGUGUCAACGCCAUCAUGUACUACAUGUCCAUCCUCAUGCAGCAGAUUGGCUUCAACGACGAAAAGGCUACCUACAUGUCUCUUGUUGGUGGCGGAUCCCUGCUCAUCGGUACCAUCCCCGCCUGCUUCUACAUGGAGAAGUUUGGUCGUCGGUUCUGGGCCAACGCCAUGCUUCCCGGCUUCUUCGUCGGCCUGGUCAUCAUUGGCGCCAGCUAUCAGAUCCCCACCACGACCAACACGACCGGUGCCGUGGCUUGCUACCUCAUUGGUCUGGUCCUCUACAUGGGCUUCUUUGGUUGCUACGCCUGUCUCACCUGGGUUGUUCCUUCUGAAGUCUACCCCACCUACCUUCGAUCCUACGGCAUGACCACAUCCUCUGGUCUGCUGUUCCUGUCCUCCUUCGUCGUCACCUACAACUUUUCCGCCAUGCAGGACGCCAUGACCCGCACUGGUCUCACUCUCGGUUUCUACGGAGGCAUCGCCAUCUUGGGAUGGUUCUACCAGGUCAUCUUCAUGCCCGAGACCAAGGACAAGACUCUCGAGGACAUUGACCUCCUCUUUGAGAAGCCCACCCGUGAAAUUGUCGCGAUGAACAUGAGGAACACCACCCAAUCUUUGGGCAACUUCUUCAUGGGUCGCUGGGGCAGCAAGGCGCAACAGCCGACCCGCGAGUUCGAAGUUGAGGAGAAGAACAAGGAGCUUGCCGCCUAA